AAAUUUGAAGAGUGAUUGGAUUCACUCUCUACCAUCUUUAAAUUUGGAGAGUGAUUGGAUUCACUCUCUAAAUUUGGAGAGUAAUUAGAGAGUAAAUCAUCUCUAAAUUUGGAGAUCUCUAAAUUUAGAGAGUGAUUGAAGAUGAUUUACUCUCCAAAUUUGAAGAGACGGAGAUUUUGUAGAGUGAUUGGAGAUACUCUUAUACUACCUAUUUAGUGUCAAAACCCCCAUCUUCAACCUUCAUCUCAAUCUUAUUUUUCUCAUGGCAUCCCCGAAUCUCCUCGGCCCUCCCCAGAACUCCUCAACCAUUAAAGAGCUCUCAAGCUCUGGAGCUCUCUCCUCCCUUCCUUCUCUUUAUGCCUCCAAAGCCCAUGAACUUGAGUCUGUGGUUGAAGAUGGGCAGAUCCCAGUCGUUGAUUUCUCUCUGCUCACUGCAGGAUCGCCGGAGAAGCGGUCUCAGAUGAUUCGAGAACUCGGCAAGGCCUGCGAGGAGUGGGGAUUCUUCAUGCUUGUGAACCAUGGAGUGCCAGAGAAGUUCAGGGAGGGCAUGAUGGAUGCACUUAAGGGGUUUUUCGAUCUAACGGAGGAGGAGAAGAAAGAGUAUGCAGAUACGCACGUGCUGAAUCCUAUCCGAUAUGGGACCAGCUUUAAUACAGCAAAGGAAGAUGUAAGGUACUGGAGGGAUUACCUGAAGGUGACCACACACCCAGAGUUUGUGUCGCCAACAAAGCCUGAUGGCUUCAGCGAGACAUUGGAAGAAUUCUGCAAACGCACAAGAGGGAUAGCAUGGGAACUUCUAAAAGGUAUAUGGGAGAGUCUAGGACUAGAGGAAAACUCCAUCAAAGAGGCCUUGGGAUACGACUCGAGCUGGCAGAUCUUCGUCGGCAAUAUCUACCCUCCAUGCCCGCAGCCUGAUCUAGCAGUUGGCCUGCCGCCUCAUUCCGACCACGGCCUCCUCAGCAUCCUCUACCAGGAUGGUACUGUUGACGGUCUUGAGGUGAAACAUGACGGAAAGUGGGUCCGUGUCAUGCCCCUACCCAACUCCUUCCUUAUUAACACUGGUGAUCACACUGAGAUAGUCACAAAUGGGAAGUACAAGAGUGUACUCCACCGUGCAGUGGUGAAUGGCACAAACACGAGAAUGUCGAUUGUGGCUGCAGUUGGUCCAUCAAUGGAUGCGGUUGUUGUUCCUGCGCCGGCACUUGUGAGCAGUGAGAGUCCAGCAACUUUCAGAGGAAUAAGUUUCAGAGAGUAUGCUGAGCGUCAACAAGGAAACAAGCUCAAGGAUAAAUCUGUUCUUGAUUUCUUGCGACUCUAGAAUCUGAACUUGAUAACAUAUGUAUUAUCAUUGGUUUGCUGCCGAAACAAUGGAUAUUGAACUGCGCUGGAAUAAAUGUAUCGUCUCAGUAAUGUUUAUCUUGGUGUCUUCAAUGACUUAGAUGAAUGCAUCCGUUUAGUACUAUAUUAUUGGAGAUCCUAAAAUAAAGCUCCUAGAUUUGUCCUA